AUGCCGCUGGUCAGGGGGAAAGUGGUGCUGCUCCUCGGCUUUGUCUUCCUGACAACCCUCCUGGCCGCCGUCAGGGGGCUGCCCGUGAGGAGGCAGCGCGGCAGCAGCCCGAGGGAGAGAAGCUCCAAGCUGGCCGAGGUCUCUGCCUCGUCCGACCCCCAUGCCGCCAGGGAUGAGGAGCUGCCACCGUUGGGCAAGGCGCGGGGCCUGCGGCGGAGCGGGCAGGCAGGACCACGGCGGCACCGGCGCCGUGGGGCGGCUCAGCAGGCAGCGAGGAGCCCGGCGGUGCCCCAGCCCAGCGGUGCUGGCCAGGAGGAGAGCCUGCCCUUCGUGCUGGACCUGCAGAGCUUGCCCGGGCUGGCCAACGUCGACCUGAGUGCCCAGAACCCCAACAUCCAGGUGACCAUUGAAGUAGUGGACGAUCCUCAGGCUGAGAUGGAGAUGGACUUGUUGAAGGAGACGAGCAAUGACUGGUCCUUGACAUCCUCUGAGUGGCUGUCCCACAAGGACCUCUUCUGGCCUCUUUUCUGGGAAUACACUGACCCCACUGAGGAAGAAGAGGAGGAGGAGGAGGAGGAAGAGGAUGACAAUCUGGAUGUAGGGGACAGGGAGGAGGAGGAAGAGGAGGAUGAGGAAGAAGAGGAGGAAGAGGAGGAGGAAGAUUACACAACAGCAGACUAUGAGGAGGAGGAGUCCAUGCUCAGUGGAGUAGGAGGUGACUGGGAUCAGCGGUGGCCUGGGCAGAAGAACUGGAUCUUUAAGGAAAAAUAUAAUUACGACUAUGAAGAUGAGGAGGAGUGGAGCCCAUGGUCCCCUUGCAGCGUCACCUGUGGCAGCGGCAACCAGAAGAGGACCCGGUCCUGUGGCUAUGCCUGCACAGCAACAGAGUCAAGAACCUGUGACCUGCUGCGCUGCCCUGACGUGGACAGCUGCGAGAAGUGGUUGAACUGCAAGAGCGAUUUCCUCACCAAGUACCUCAGCAAGGUGCUGACGGACCUGCCCAGCUGCCCCUGCUCCUACCCGCUGGAGGCCGUUUACAGCGCCGUCAACCUGCGGGACGAGCGGCAGGGCAAGAGCUUCCGCUGGCGGGAUGCCAGCGGCCCCAAGGAGCGCCUGGACAUCUACAAGCCGACGGCGCGCUUCUGCCUGCGCUCCAUGCUGUCGCUGGACAGCACGACGCUGGCGGCCCAGCACUGCUGCUAUGACGAGCACACCCGCCUCAUCACCCGGGGCAAGGGCGCUGGCGUCCCCAACCUCAUCAGCACUGAGUUCUCCCCAGAGCUGCACUACAAGGUGGACAUGCUGCCCUGGAUCCUCUGCAAGGGCGACUGGAGCCGGUACCACGCCGUGCGGCCGCCCAACAACGGGCAGCGGUGUGCUGACAACCCGGCCGAGGAAGAGUACCUCUCUCAGCUGCAGGAGGCCAAGGAGUACUAG